AUGCCUUUCCACACCCCAUGGUCACCCACCACCGCCCUCCCUGUCCUCCUGAGCACAACAAUCCUUAUAGUCUGCGCGCUUUACGUCCUCGCCUACCCGCCAAAACUUCGCCCGCUCGCUUUUGCACUCUUGUGCCUCCCAUGGACUUACUCAUUCACAUACCAGCUCUCUCUCACACCAUGGUUUACUCUCAACGAUACGUUUGGAAGAAUGUUGUAUAUCUGGUUGGCGUAUAUGAACUAUGCUUUCCUCAUCGUUCGAGUCGAUCCGGUCGUGUCUAAGAAGACUGAGAAGACUGAUGGUGGGCCCCCUGGCGGGGGGUGGAGAGAGAGGCUGAGGUGGGCGGAGAAGGUACUGUACACACGGCAUUUACGGCGUCAACCCCAGCACGGGUACGACAGACUGCACUUCUGCACCCACCACAUCCUCAAAGUUCUCCUCUUACUCUCCAUCAACUACACUUGGGACCACUUCAUCGACACACCCCCUUCCUUCUCCUCCAUGCGCGCCUCAUUUCUGCGCCGCCUUCCGUCCUCCUUCAAUAGAGACGAGCUGAUGACGAGGGGUACGAUGGUGUGGGAUUCGUGCAUAGGCGACAUGCUUUACUUCUCCUCGCUAUACUCGCUCUUCGCGGUGCUGUUCGUCGGCAUCCUUCGUCUCGACGAGCCUUCAGAGUGGGACAUGAGUCUUUUCGGGAGUCUGGGGGAUUGUUGGAGUGUGAGAAGGUAUUGGGGCGUUUAUUGGCACGAUUACAUCAACGCUUCUUUCUCUACUCACGUCAAGAUCGUUACUCGGCGGUGGCUGGGCAUGCAAAGGGGAAGGGUUGGGACAAGGCUUGUUGAGAAUGCGGUGGUGUUUGUGGUUAGUGGGUGCAUGCAUUCGCUUGUGAGGUUUGUGCAGACUGAGGGGAGUGGGGAGAUAUGGACAGUGGCGAUUUGGUAUGGGGCACAGAUGCUGCCGAUUGCUAUUGAAGGUGUGGUGCAGCAUGUUUGGUUGAAAUCAGGCUUGGUAAUGGGAUGCAAGACUUGGCUUAGUGAAGGGGUGGUGAUGAGGAUGGAGAGGGCGGUUGGGUAUGUUUGGGUAUUUGCUUGGAUGUUUUGGAGUGUACCGAAGUACUUGCACACGAGGCAUGCUUGGGAGACGGAGAAUUUGAGGAGGAAGUAUCCGGAGCUGUUUGGUAGGGUUGUGGAGGAUUUGAAAGUUACAGUGGCUGCAGGUGACUGAUGGCUGCUGGGAACGAUGCUGGGUACGAAAAUGUGCGCAGAGUGCUACGGUCAAUGAUUCAGAGAAGUUGCAAUGUCAACAUUCCUCUGAGUUACAAAUAUGAACUCGAGCGAGGACCAUGACACCAAGAGGAUGAUGCCGCUUUGGGCAGUCCAAGGACGACAAUGCAGCGUUCAAGAGCUGCGCGUUGUAGUUAAGAAUGACCCGCCGAGGAUCACCGUCCAAGCCUUUAGUGCUGCAAUCGAUGCCUCGU